AUGGAGAACCUUGACAAGCUCACCGCCGCGGGCCUGCCAGUAUACGAUCUGAACCUGGAAAAUCUUGACCGCAAGGAUUGGUCGAAGUCGGCGCUCGGCAAGCGCGACACCUGGCCCACGGCCCUCAAAGUCCUCGUCAACUCAUGCAUCCUCCCGAUCCCGCACUGCGCCGCUAUCUUCUGGGGCAAGGACCUCUCCAUAGUCCACAACCUCGCCUGGGGUAAAGCGCGCGGCGACCUGGACGGCCAGGGUACCCGCGCAGACGAAACGUACUCGGAGGAGGCGCUCUCUGCUCUGCGCGCGGCGGUUCGAGGACCCUGUAGAUUUUUCCUCAAGCAUACCCCCGACGCCCGCGAAGAGUCCCAGAUCUUGGUGAGCACCAUCAUCGAUGAGAACGGAGAGCGCCAGGGCGUGCUUGCACAGCUGCUUGGAAGCGGAUUGGGGGACAAAUACUUGGGCUUUUCCAACGUGGACGAUCUGGCCUCACAGAAACCACAAAAGAACAAAGACUCUGCCUCGCAGACCAAGGGAGGCAACUCGCAUGAUUCCGAGGAACGUUCUGCGACCAACAACCUGAACCCAAAAGCUGCAAGGCGAACAAAGGGUUCCGCCUCGCAACAACAAAACUCUCGCGGAGCGCAUGAUCAGACCGACGCACAGCAGACGCAACUCUUCGCAAAGUUCGCAGAGCUCCUUCCCAAUGGCCUUGCCAUUCUGGACAAGGAGGCCGAAGCCAUCUUCGUUAAUGACGGCUUCUUCAAGCUUACCACCAACAAAGGACAGAAUGAGUUCCGCGCAUGGCCAGAAAGUAUCCACCCUCGGGACUACGAACGUGUCAUGGGCGCCUAUCGCCGGGCUUUUUCCACCCGCGAAGAACUACGCAUCGAGUUCCGGUGCGCCGCCGACGCCCAAGGUGAAGAAGGCGAAUGGAGGCUAUUUCUGUUCCGGCCGUUGAGCGACGACCCUGAGGCCGGCUUCAUAUGUGCCGUUGUGGAUAUUACCGAAAUCAAACAGGCUGAGAUUACCCAAGAAAAGGCGGCUGUCGAGGCCCAGGAGCGGAAACAGCAGCAGGAACGCUUCAUUGACAUGGUAUCCCACGAAAUCAGAAACCCGCUGAGCGCUGUUUUACAUCUCGCAGAGGAGGUCAAAGAGGUAGCACGCGAUAUUGGCACCGAGCACAAGGAUAUUAAACAACAAAUCGACGACAUUCUGGACGCUGCCGAUACCAUUCUUCUUUGUGUGUCGCAUCAGAAUACUCUCGUUGACGACAUUUUGUCCUUCUCGAAACUAGAUUCCAUGAUGUUGUCGCUGGUCCCUAGGCAGGUCAAACCAAAAUGGGAAUUUUCGCGAGCCCUGAAAGUUUUCAACUCAGAAUUCAAAGCCAAAGGCAUCAAGUUCCACUACGCUAUGGACUACUCAUAUGAUGACAUGAAAGUCGAAGAAGUCAUCGCCGAUUGCAACCGGAUGAAACAGGUUUUGGUCAAUCUCAUCACAAACGCCAUAAAGUUCACGGCCAGGAAAGACGGCGACCGACAAAUAACCGUGUCAAUGGGUGCUUCCAAUGAUCGACCAACGUCCUAUCCACCUAAUGUAAUAUUCUUCAGCAAGGACGAAGAGACUUUUCACAUUGAUUCCACCAUGAGUUCAGAGUGGGGCAGCGGGCCUGUCAUGUAUCUGAUGGUCGCAGUCAAAGACACUGGCAUUGGUAUCAGCAGAGAAGGCCAGGCUAAGCUCUUUGAGAGGUUCAGACAAGCUACUCCGAAAACGCAAGAAAAGUACGGAGGCUCUGGCCUGGGACUCUUCAUCUCGCGUAAACAGUCGUCCAACGCACAGCAGCGGUCGCAGACACCGAGACCAUCGUACAACCGUGCUGAUUCGAACCUCAAGCGAAUCAAGGAAACAGAAAAAGAUGCGGGUGCUCCAGACGAAGCCAAGAAACACGGGAAACAAGAACCCCAAAGACCACCAAUGCGAUCCCUCACUAGUAGUGGCGGCAUCGACUCAGAUGACAUGGGAAUGAAUGAAACGCUGAAGGAUCCGCCCACAGAAUACCACCCUGAAUCGCAUCCCAAUUCCACGCAAGACGAGCGCUACCAAGAAACCGAGGGCGUAGCCAAUAAAAUCAAACACCGCCGCUCCUCUUUCACCAGAGACAUCGAGGAUGGCCUCCCAGAUCUUCAUCUCGGCGAGACGAAGAGGCAAGAAUUACACUCAGCCGAUCGCUCUCGAUCAGACUCGCAAGACCCAUCUGACACCCGCAGCACCCUCCUCUUGGUCGAAGACAAUCUCAUUAACCAAAAGGUGCUAAGACGGCAGCUGCAGGGCAAGGGCUUCGAGGAUCCCAAUGACACCUUCCAGGUCUUUGUAGCGAAUAACGGCCAAGAGGCCAUCGACGCUGUCGCCGAACGCGGGCAAUAUUCUCCCGACGAGGGUGGGCCGAGAAAUUUCUUCGACUGCAUCCUCAUGGAUCAGGAAAUGCCCAUCAAAGACGGCAACGCCGCGACCACGGAGAUCCGCAGGCUCCAAGACGAACUCAAGGCGGGAUACUCCCCGAUUCUCGGUGUGUCAGCCAACGUGCGGGAAGCGCAGACGAAAAGCAUGUUCGACGCGGGCAUGGACGGUAUUAUUUCCAAGCCGUUCAAAGUAGAAGAUCUUGUGAGCAAGAUAAAAAGUUUGCUACCGAAGAGCGGAAAAGGGACUGGGAUAAAUGAAACGGCGACGAAGAAGAAUGAGAACGAGUAG